AUGGCCCUCGGGGCCCGUGGCCUCCUGCUGUUCCUGGCUGUGCCCGGUGUGUCCCUCAGGGCUUUGCAGCCAGGGUGUGGCCAGCCGCAGCAUUUGGGUGCAGGAGGCCGGAUCGUGGGGGGCCACGCUGCCCGGGCCGGCGCAUGGCCAUGGCAGGCCAGCCUCCGCCUGCGGAGGGUGCACGUGUGUGGCGGGUCCCUGCUCAGCCCCCAGUGGGUGCUCACAGCUGCCCACUGCUUCUCUGGGUCCCUGAAUUCUUCCGAUUACCAGGUGCACCUAGGGGAGCUGGAGAUCACUCUGUCUCCCCACUUCUCCACUGUGAGGCAGAUCAUCCUGCACUCCAGCCCCUCAGGACCGCCGGGGUCCAGCGGGGACAUCGCCCUGGUGCAACUCAGUGUGCCCGUGACCCUCUCCAGCCGGAUCCUGCCCGUCUGCCUCCCGGAGGCCUCAGAUGACUUCCGCCCUGGGAGCCGGUGCUGGGUGACUGGCUGGGGCUACGCGCGGGAGGGAGAGCCUCUGCCACCCCCCUACAGCCUUCAGGAGGUGGAAGUCUCCAUGGUGGACACAGAGACCUGCCGCCGGGACUACCCUGGCCCUGGGGGCAGCAUCCUUCGGCCCGACAUGUUGUGUGCCCAGGGCCCCGGGGAUGCCUGCCAGGAUGACUCCGGGGGGCCCCUGGUCUGCCAGGUGAAUGGUGCCUGGGUGCAGGCUGGCAUUGUGAGCUGGGGUGAGGGCUGCGGCCGCCCCAACAGGCCAGGGGUCUACACCCGUGUUCCCGCCUAUGUGAGCUGGAUCCGCCGCCACACCACAGCCUCAGGGGGCCCAGGGUCUGGGUACCCCAGGCUCCCCCUCCUGGCUGGUUUCUUCCUCCCCGGACUCUUCCUUCUGCUCGUCUCCUGUGUCCUGCUGGCCAAGUGCCUGCUGCGCCCGUCUGGGGAUGGCGCUCCCUCCCCCGCCCCGACUGAUGGCAGGAAUCCAAGCGCGUUUCUUAAAUAAGUUACUAUUUAUUCCGCUCCGCCCCCUCCCUCUCCCUUGAGAAGCUGAGUCUUCCGCAUCAGAUUAUUGCAACAAUUAACCUGAAUUUAAAAGCACACAAAACAAAA